UUGAGGUCAGGGCACAGUCUGCUAUAUAUGUAAUGCAAUAGUCAACACCUUUGCUGACUCUAAGACAGCGCUGGCGUGGUGAACUAUCAUCUCCACACGGACAACAUGAGCGCUUCUGUGGCCGUGUACAGGAAUAUCUACACGGAGGACCGCUUCAAACAGGCCUAUGGCUCCGAGGAUAACACAAGUGGAAGUCUGCGGCUCCGAGAGAAGCUCACCGAGAGGUGCAGGUGUUCAAAACGAGCCUGCCUUCACCUGUUGAGGGAGAGGAUACCUAUUUUCAGCUGGCUGCCAAGAUACAGGCUAAAGAAAUGGAUUUUAGGAGAUGCUAUAGGGGGAUUGACAGUUGGUAUUCUUCACAUACCGCAAGGCAUGGCCUUUGCUUUACUCACAUCUGUAGCACCAAUAUUUGGCCUUUACACCUCCUUCUUCCCGGUGGUCCUGUAUAUGUUUUUUGGCACUGGUCGACAUGUGUCCACAGGUACCUUUGCUGUGGUGAGUCUGAUGACUGGUUCUGUGGUGGAGCAGCUCGUCCCCACUCCUCUGGAGAUGAACUCGAGUUCGCCUGAAGCGGCUGACUUUGAGGCCCAGAGGAUUGGUGUAGCCUCAGCUGUAGCACUCCUCUCAGGAAUUAUUAUGCUCUGUAUGUUUGGGCUCCAGCUGGGCUUCCUUUCAACCUACCUGUCAGAGCCAAUUGUUAAGGCUUUCACCAGUGCUGCUGCCUUCCAUGUAACCAUCUCACAGCUGCAAAGCAUGCUGGGACUGCGGCUCCCUCGCUACACAGGGGCCUUCUCCCUCUUUAAGACUUUUGCGUCAGUGAUGGAGAACCUACCUCACACCAAUAUGGCGGAGUUGCUCAUCUCCUUGGUGUGUUUGGCUGUCCUGGUGCCAGUUAAGGAGAUCAACAUGCGUUUCCGGCAGCGCCUGCGUACACCUAUCCCUGUGGAGAUCCUCAUCGUGAUUAUUGUCACAGGUGUGGCUUACGCCUCCUCCCUGGACUCCACUUUUGACAUUGAGAUAGUUGGCCACAUCCCAGCUGGAUUCCCAAAGCCACAGAUGCCUGCCUUACACACUUUCCCUGAGAUUGUUGGAGACACAAUAGCCAUAACAUUUGUUGGUUACGCAGUGUCCGUCUCACUGGCGAUGAUCUACGCGGAUAAGCAUGGCUACUCCAUACAUCCAAACCAGGAGCUGCUGGCUCAUGGUAUCUCCAAUACAGUGUCCUCCUUUUUCACCUGCUUCCCAAGCUCCGCCACUCUAGCCACCACUAACAUACUUGAGAGUGCUGGUGGAUACACACAGCUCUCCGGCUUGUUCACUAGUUUGGUUGUUCUGAUUGUCCUGCUGCUGAUUGGACCACUGUUCUACUUCCUGCCCAAGGCAGUGCUGGCAUGCAUCAACGUCACCAGCCUCAGGCAGAUGUUCCUGCAGUUCCAAGACUUACCUGAAUUGUGGAGGAUCAGCAAGAUGGACUUUAUGGUUUGGGUGGUAACCUGGCUGUCUGUAGUGGUACUCAACGUGGACCUUGGCCUAGCCACUGGGGUGGUUUUUUCAAUGAUGACCGUCAUUUGUCGCACACAAAGGGCUGGUUGUUCAGUGCUCGGCCGGGCCAGCAAUACAGAAAUUUACAGACCCCUGGAGAACCACAGCAAGUGCUAUGAGGUGCCAGGAGUGAAGAUCUUGACUUACAACGGGCCUAUUUACUAUGGCAACCGCAGCUUCUUCAGGGAGGAGAUAAGCAGGCUGUUGGGCCUGACGCCAGAGAAGAUCCGCAGCCAGGAGAAGGCCAGAAAAGCCCUGGAGAAACGGGAAAGAGAGGCCACCGUCAACACUGUGGAAAGAGGCAUUGCAAACACAUCGUUUUCUUCAGAAAAUGAGUUCUUUAAAUCUGAAACAUCUGAAAAUGAUGUCAAGGCAGUGUUAAUUGACUGUAGCAGUGUGAUAUUUGUCGACGUUGCUGGAGCAAGACUAUUUACACAGAUGUGUACUGAAUGCCAGAAAGUUGGAGUUCAUGUAUAUUUGGCAAACUGCAAUGAGAGUGUUUUAAAGAUUCUCACAUCAAGUGGUCUAAUGAACUACAUGAACCCUCAACAUAUUUUCGUAACUGUUCAUGAUGCCGUGAUGUAUAUCCAGCAGCAGAGGGAAAAAUGUCCAGAGAACACCACGACUGUUUGGGUAUGAGGCAGAUGGACAAUGACGAGUCAUGCUUCCUUCAACCAUGUGUUUGGGACUAAAACAGCAGAGGGUAUUAGGAGUUGUACAUUUAUUUUAUUAGUGGAGACUAUAUCUCUCUGCUGUAUAUGAUCACUCCAGUAUUUGGUCCAGUUUAUCUUCUGUAUACCAGUGUUUCAGAUAACCAGUAGCCUGUUGUAGCACUAUGUCAUGAAUUACAAUAAUUAUCACAUUACAAUGUUACCGGUUUUCCUGUAGAUAUACUGGAGUCACCCCUGGCACACUUUAAUCUGAUGUAAGUAAAUAGUUACAAAUUCAGAUGAGUUUAAAUCAUGCACAUAUACUGUAAGUACUUUACAACAGGAAAUGUUAUCACGUAUUUAGUGUAAAUAAAUCUAAAAAAAACCAAACAAAUAUCUAACACGUUAUGGCUGGAAUAUUAGCAUAGUAAUAUUUAUUUAGUUUCUGUUUGUUGUCUGCAAUACAGAGAAAUACACUGUAAAGUGCACUGAAUAGUUUGUUGAAAUAUUUAUAGAUUUGAAAUGUGCUUAAAUAUGCAAAUGUGUACAGUAAAUGCCAUUCCAUAAUGCCUUUAAAUGUUCUGUCUUUGAACUCCAGAGGGACUGCACAAAAUAGUUUAUGAAUGACUUUUGUAUAUGUCAGCAACCAUCCAGUGGCUUUUUUGACAAUAAAUAUAUCUCCAUAAAGAGAA